AUGGAUAGAAUUGCCUUGAUCAUGGCUUGCCUGUGCCUCUGGACCUCCACUGCUCAGGAGGAUGGACAGUGUCCAGCAGAUAUCAAGAUUGUGGGUCUUGGGGAGUCUGAUAAAAUGGUUGUACUCCGAGGCUGCCCAGGACUUCCUGGACCCCCUGGUCCCAAAGGAGAUGAUGGAAAGCAAGGGGAGAGAGGACCCCCUGGGAUUCCUGGGCUGUUAGGAGAAAGGGGUCCCAAAGGAGACAGUGGAGAAAUUGGCCUAUGCAAGACAGGAAGUCGAGAUUGCCGAGAGCUGCUCAGCAAAGGGAACACCCUGAGUGGCUGGUACACCAUCUACCUCUUUGACUGUAAGCCUAUGACUGUAUUCUGUGACAUGGACACCGAUGGCGGGGGAUGGAUUGUGUUCCAGAGACGGGUAGAUGGCUCUGUGAAUUUCUUUCGGGACUGGGCUUCAUACAAAAGAGGCUUUGGCAGUCAGCUGGGGGAAUUCUGGUUGGGAAAUGAAAACCUUCAUUUAUUGACAACUCAAGAAACCUUUGAGCUUCGGAUAGAUCUCACUGACUUUGAUGAACGCCACACUUUUGCCAAGUAUAGAUCAUUCCAGAUUGCAGGGGAGAAUGAAAACUACAAGCUGAUCUUAGGAGACUUUGUGGAAGGUGAUGCAGGUAACUCGCUGACGUACCAUAACAACAUACCCUUCUCAACGAAAGAUCGAGACAAUGAUUCAGAUAACACAAACUGUGCUGUUAGCUACAGUGGAGGCUGGUGGUACAAAAAUUGCCAUCUGUCUAACCUGAAUGGCUUGUACCUCAAAGGUCCCCAUAACAGUUUUGCCAAUGGGAUAAACUGGCACUCGGGCAAAGGAUACAAGUAUUCCUACAAAGUGUCUGAGAUGAAGCUCAGGCCUACUUAG